GAAUGCCACCUGGGCCUCCGCCUGGUCCCCCACCUGGCAUGCUUCCAGCAUCCGGGCCAUAUUCAGGCAACCCAUACGGAGCCGCCAACGCACAUAAUGCAUCGUCCUACGCUGCUCCUAAUUCUACUUACGUUCCUAAUCAGUCGCUUCCCCUUCCGCCUCCGCCUCCUCCGCCCACCAGCGGAGACCUUCCGCUUCCCCCUCCUCCGCCGUACCCCCCUCCCCCUUCCGGCUCCCACCAACCCGCACCUCCUCCCCCGCCUCCCCCCACGUCCGAUCCCCCGCUGCCCCCUCCCCCGCCCUUCCCGCCGACGCAUUCUGCGCUUCCGCCUCCCCCGCCUCCCCCAUCCGCUCCUGGCGCGGGAACUCUCGCCCUUCCGCCACCCCCUUCCGCUCCGCAGCCCCCGUCCGCGGAGAAAGGGCGGCAUGCAGGGGGAGAUGGGCGGAGAGACAAGCGCGGAGCAGGCGGGGAUGGGGGAGACGGGCGGAGAGAUAGGCACCAGCAUAGUCACCAUUCGCAACAGUCACAGCAUCACCAGCAGAAGCCGUCGCAACCAGGAUCACACCAGCACAAUCAGCAGCAGCAGCAGCAGCAACACCAGCAACAACAACACCAGCAGCAGCAGGGGGAGAAGCACAGGCACUCGGCACACGCGCAGGCUGGGGGGAAGAGUAGCCACGCGGGCGGGGGGGGUGGGGGAAGCGGGGCGCUGGUCCCCGCGCGCGGUAGGGACGCGCCUGGGGGAGCAGCUGGCGGGGGAAGCGGCGCAACAGGGGGAGCAGCAGGCGCAGCAGCAGGGGGGGCUAAGGACGAGAACCGGCUGAAACGGCCGUCGACGUUCCAGUGCAGAGUGAGGUUCACUAAUACCCUGCCAGAGCCAGCGUCACAGCCGAAGCUGCUGCCUCUCGGGGGGGACCCGCACCGGUACUCCGCGUACCACGUAUCGACUCUGGAGGCGGAUCAUCGGCACCGAUUGCACGUGGAGCCUGAUUUGGGGAUUCCCCUGGACCUGCUCGACCUAUCCGCCUACUGCGCUCCCCCACCCGCCCAGCGCCCACCGCUCCACCCAGCAGACGCGGAACUCCUGAGGGAUGACGAUGCGAGUGUGAAGCACAGGGAGGGCGCGGGGGGAGCAGCAGGGGGCGCGGGCGGGACGGGCGCGCUGAGAGUGAAGGAGAGGCCUACAGAUGCUGGGCUGAGCUGGCUGGUGCACACUCAGUACAUCUCUGCUGCUGGCUCUGGCAGUGCUCCCAAGAAGAGGGUGCUUAAUGAGAAGGAGGCGAAGCUGCUGGCGCUGCAGCUGGAGCUGGCAGAUGAGCAGAUAUACAGUACAAGGGAGGGGCAGAUCCGGUACAUCGAGGAAUCUUUUCAGGCUGCCCGGAAGCCGCCCGUGCACCCGUCGAACCCGGCCCUUGAGGCAGUGGAGGUGCUGCCGGUGCUGCCGCUCUUCUCCCUGGCCGGCCGCCAGUUUGUGCAUCUCGUGUUUGACGACACUCCUCUGGCUGACUCGCCUGCACACAUGCACUUGAAGGAGGAGCAGAAGAAGGAGAUGGAGGCGCGGGCGAUAAUGAAGAAUUUCAAGGUGGCAGCGCCAGGGGGAGGGGAGCCGCAGUCGUUCGUGGCAUAUAUGGUGCCCAACAAGCGCGAGUUGGGUAAAAAGCUGAGGGAGGGGGAGAGUGCGCGCUAUGACUGGGUGCGAGAAUACCACUGGAAGUCCCUUUCCUACCUUCUUCCCUCCUCUAACGCCCCCACCCCUUCACUUACACUCCACAUGUUUCUCACUCUUUAA